AUGUUGCGAAACAUCGCCUCGCGAUCCAUGCCCCGUGCGGCUUGGAGGGCUUCCACUCUCCCUUCCGCCUCGGCUCGUAUCGCAAAGCCCUCCUCGUUGAGCGCUUCUCUCCGAUACUACCAGUCUUCGUCCAAGUCCCAACAGGCUAGCCCCGCUCCUGCCAAGCCCCAGGCUCCUUCCGGAAACGACACCUUCAUCAACACCACCAACGCCUACUACGCCGAGGAGAUGCACAAGCUCUGGAAGAAGGACCCCUCUUCCGUACACGCUUCUUGGGAUGUCUACUUCAGCGGCCUUGCAAAGGGUCUUCCCAGCGAGCAGGCCUACCGUGCUCCCCCGACCCUCAUGCCUCUUCCCAUGGAGGCUCCUCCCGUCGACGUCUCCAGCUUCGGCGGCUCCAGCGAGGCCGUCGAUGACCACCUCAAGCUUCAACUCCUCGUCCGAGCUUACCAGGUCCGUGGUCACCGCAUCGCCCGUCUCGACCCUCUCGGCAUUCUCGACCCCGACCUUGACCCUAACGUUCCCGAAGAGCUCAAGAUCGAGCACUACGGCUGGUCCGAGUCCGACCUCGACCGCAAGAUGCGCCUCGGUCCCGGUCUCCUCCCCAACUUUGUCAACAACGGCAUCCAGGAGCUCACCAUCCGCGAGAUCAUCGAUGCCUGCAAGCGCAUGUACUGCGGCUCCAUCGGCGUUCAGUACGUCCACAUCCCCGACCGCGAAAAGUGCGACUGGCUCCGAGAGCGCAUCGAGACGCCCGAGCCUUUCAAGUACUCUGUCGAGGAGAAGCGCACCAUCCUCGACCGUUUGAUCUGGUCCGACUCGCUCGAGCGCUUCAUCGCCUCCAAGUACCCCAACGAGAAGCGUUUCGGUCUUGAGGGUGGUGAGUCGCUCAUCCCCGGUCUCAAGACGCUCAUUGACCGAUCCGUCGAGCACGGUGUCGAGAGCGUCACCAUCGGUAUGCCACACCGCGGCCGUCUCAACGUGCUCGCCAACGUCAUUCGCAGGCCCAUCGAGGGUAUUCUCCACCAGUUCGCCGCCAAGGAGGACGACGGAGAGGGCGGAGGAGACGUCAAGUACCAUCUCGGCGCGAACUACGUCCGACCCACUCCUUCGGGCAAGAAGGUCGCCCUCUCGCUCGUCGCCAACCCUUCGCAUCUCGAGGCCGAAGACCCCGUCGUUCUCGGCAAGACCCGUGCCCUCCAGGACUUUGCUAAGGACUCGGAACACACCUCGUCCCUGGCGCUCCUCAUGCACGGUGAUGCUGCUUUCGCCGGUCAGGGUGUCGUCUACGAGACCAUGGGCAUGUACAACCUCCCCAACUACGCCACCGGCGGAACCGUCCACAUCGUCGUCAACAACCAGAUUGGUUUCACCACCGACCCUCGAUUCGCUCGUUCCACCCCUUACCCCUCGGACAUUGCCAAGUCGAUCGACGCUCCCAUCUUCCACGUCAACGGUGACGACGUCGAGGCUGUCACCUUCGUCUCGCAGCUCGCUGCCGACUGGCGUGCCACCUACAAGAAGGACGUUGUCAUUGACAUUGUCUGCUACCGAAGGCACGGACACAACGAGACGGACCAGCCCUCGUUCACCCAGCCCCGUAUGUACGCCGCCAUCGCCAAGCAGGAGCCCACCCUCACCAAGUACGCCGCCCAACUCGUCGAGGAAGGCAGCUUCACCAAGUCGGACAUCGAGGAGCACCAGAAGUGGGUGUGGGGCAUGCUCGAGGAGGCCUUUGACAAGAGCAAGAACUACAAGCCAGAGGAGCGCGAGUGGCUCUCGAGCGCUUGGGAGGGCUUCCCUUCGCCCAAGGAGCUCGCCGAGCAGAUCCUCGACCACAAGGACACUGGUGUCAAGGAGGAGACGCUCAAGCACAUUGGCAAGACCAUUUCCACCUACCCCGAGGACUUUACCGUGCACCGCAACCUGGGCCGUAUCCUCAAGACGCGCUUGAAGACGGUCGAGGAGGGACAGAACAUCGAUAUGAGCACCGGUGAGGCGCUUGCCUUUGGUUCGCUCGCCCUCGAGGGCAACUACGUCCGUCUCUCGGGUCAAGAUGUGGAGCGUGGUACCUUCUCCCAGCGUCACUCGGUGCUGCACGACCAGGAGAACGAGGGCACCUACACGCCUCUCCAGCACGUCGGUGAGGGUCAGGCGCCCUUCGUCGUCUGCAACUCGUCGCUCUCCGAGUUCGGAUGCAUGGGUUUCGAGCUGGGCUUCUCGCUCGUCUCGCCUCAGAACCUGACCAUCUGGGAGGCGCAGUUCGGUGACUUUGCCAACAACGCGCAGUGCAUCAUCGACCAGUUCAUCGCCUCGGGUGAGCGCAAGUGGCUGCAGCGAACCGGUCUGGUGCUCAACCUGCCCCACGGUUACGACGGCCAGGGCCCCGAGCACUCGUCGGCGCGUAUCGAGCGAUUCCUACAGCUGUGCGACGACCACCCCUUCAAGUUCCCCACCCCUGAACGCAGCAACCGUCAGCACCAGGACUCGAACAUGGCCGUCAUCUACUGCACGACGCCUGCCAACUACUUCCACGCGCUCCGUCGCCAGGUGCACCGCGACUUCCGCAAGCCUUUGGUCAACUUCUUCUCCAAGUCGCUGCUGCGUCAUCCGGAAGCGCGAUCGAGCAUCGAGGACUUCCUGCCUGGCACUGGCUUCCAGCGAUUCAUUCCCGAGCCCCACGCUUCCGAGGGCAAGGACGAGCUGGUCGCUCCCGACCAGAUCAAGCGUCACAUCCUCACGUUCGGCCAAACCUACUUUGAGCUCCUCAAGCACCGACGCGAGAACAACAUCAAGGAUGUCGCCAUUUCGAGGAUCGAGCAGCUCUCCCCCUUGCACUACGAGGCGGUGGUGCAGGCGCUGGACAAGUAUCCCAACGCCGAUCUGGUCUUCUGCCAGGAGGAGCCGUUGAACAACGGUGCUUGGAGCUAUCUGCAGCCCCGACUGAGGACGGCGUGCAGGCAUACGCAGCACCACAAGAACGAUAUUGUGAUCCUGGCAAGUAGGCCGCCUAGCAGCUCGGUGGCGACCGGUUCCAAGAUCGCUCAUAAGGCCGAGGUCGCUGCGUACUUGAAGGACGCUUUUGACCUCGAGAGGAAGGCGUCGGAUGGAGAUCACAUGUAG